CGUACCACGAAUAUUUCCACGCACAGCAUCCCUCCGCUGGCUCAUGUAGUCCCUCAGCGCCCCUCUCUCUGUUCUUAUGCAGCCGCCGCUUCCCUUCGGACCGCUGCUGUUCCGGUGUACCAGGAGAACCGUGCGGCCUUGCCGCAGCCACGGCAGCUCAGCUGCGACCCACGUUGGGCGUGGGGAGUGCCGGCGCCGUGGGUCCUUCCGCUUGGUUGAGGUGCUGCGGCUCGGACACCGCCAUUUUGGGUGUCUGGGAAGUACGUGGAGCUGUGGUCGCAGGGGUCGAUCAUGCUGGGCUCUGGGUUCAAGGCUGAGCGCUUGCGAGUGAACCUGCGCCUUGUCAUCAACCGCCUCAAACUGCUGGAGAAAAAGAAGACUGAGUUGGCCCAGAAGGCAAGGAAGGAGAUUGCAGAUUACCUGGCAGCUGGGAAAGAUGAGCGUGCCAGGAUUCGUGUGGAGCACAUAAUCCGUGAAGACUACCUUGUGGAGGCCAUGGAGAUCCUGGAGCUGUACUGUGACCUGCUGCUGGCCCGCUUUGGCUUGAUUCAGUCCAUGAAGGAGCUGGACUCUGGCCUGGCAGAAGCAGUAUCUACACUGAUAUGGGCUGCACCACGGCUGCAGUCAGAGGUGGCCGAGUUGAAGAUUGUUGCUGACCAGCUGUGUGCCAAGUACAGCAAGGAGUAUGGGAAGCUAUGCCGGACAAACCAGAUCGGGACAGUCAAUGACCGGCUGAUGCACAAGCUCAGUGUGGAGGCACCACCCAAGAUCCUGGUGGAGAGAUACCUGAUUGAGAUUGCCAAGAACUACAAUGUGCCCUAUGAGCCUGACUCAGUGGUGAUGGCUGAAGCCCCUGCAGGUGAAGAGGCAGUUCUGAUUGAUGUGGGAUUCACAGAUGAUGUAAAGAAAGGUGGCACUGGAGGAGGUGGUGGUGGAUUUACAGCUCCAAUGGUUCCCCAUGAUGGACUGGUCCCCAUGCCAGUGAUGAUGCCCAUGCCCAUGCCAACACCAACUCCACCCUUCUCCUAUCCACCCCCUAAGGGACCGGAGAACUUCAAUGGGCUGCCAGGGGGGACCUACCAGCCUUUCCCUAACAUCCAUCCACCACCAAUUCCAGCAAACCCACCAACAUAUGAGUCUAUUGAGGACCCUAAUGCUGAGAAGGACACCUCUGCACCUGCAGCUGGGCCUGGGCCUAAGCCUGAAGCUUCUUCUAAACCAAAAGCUGCAGCUCCUGAUGCCUUGGAUAACUUUGUGCUGCCUGAAUUGCCGUCCGUGCCAGACACACUCCCAGCAGCAUCUGCUGGUGCCCACUCCUCUGCCUCUGAGGACAUUGACUUUGAUGAUCUUUCUCGGAGAUUUGAGGAGCUAAAGAAGAAAACAUAAAACUGCCUGGGCUGUAACUCCCAGUGUGAGGGGUGGGAGCUGUGACAGCUGCUUCUCUCUGAAAGACUUUUCUUGAAAUUGGUUUCCUCUAUUAACCUCAACUGAUCACGCUCUUCUUUUUGAGCUCUCUUCCUGCUGUACUUAAACCAAAUCCUCUUGCUUUCCUCAGCUUGGUCUCCCCAGGCAGGACAGUUUGGGGAAUCUUGUGAGGCUGGAGCAGGGAGGGGGAGCAGCCUUUCUCACUCUAGGUGGCUAGAAAUCUGUUCCUUACACUCUGAUUCUGCUCCUGACUAAUUCCCAUGGAGCAGGGAGGUGAAGGCUGGACAGGUCAGGGCGUUCUCUUCCCUGGAGGUCUCAAGGUCAGCAUUGCCCACAAGCAAUGCCCUCUGCUUGAUGUCCAGUGUGGUGGGGGGGUCAUGAGUUCCUUUGGUGAGGUGUCUAACAAGUUGGUACAGAGGGGAGAGGUGUGGGGUGGGCAGGGCUGUGUCUGUCUGUGGUGUGCUGUGGAAGCUGGUGUCCUCUCCAGUUCCUGAGCUCUGCUCCAUGUGCCCAGGGGGACUGCUCUCCCGUUCCCCCUGAACACGCUGGGGGGUGCUGGGUGCAGCCAGGGCUGUGUCACCAGGCACUGAGGGUGUAGAGUAAGUGAGGGGAGAAGGGUCUCCCCCGGCCUGUGCACCUGCGGGGGCUGAGGAGGGGCUCAGUGCGGCCUGUCUGUACACUGGCCUUCGGAGUUUUUGGUUGAUUUGUACCUCGUGGGUAAGUUCCAAUAAAGGUCGGGUCUCACCCGC